GAUCGGGAGUUCGUGGGUUCGCUCCCCACUCGGAUAGCGUUCUCGUUAUCUCCUCCAUAGACACCUUGUACUGAUUCUUCCCAGGAAACGGACUCGAUAAUGUCCCUCUGCCUAUAAUGCUCUGAAGGGCGCUUGGCAGUAUAUAUAGAUAGAUAGAUAGGCAAAGUGUGAUUUGUGCAGUCCACUAAUGACAACCUGAACAUUAGCAUGGCACUUUAGUCAUUAGCAACUGACUACUGAGCUAACUCAUUAACUGGACUGCUGGUUCUUAACUCCAUCCACUUUACUCCCUGUUAACAUUAUAGGCAAACUUUAGAGAUCAAGCCUUGUACUUUUUACUGUUAAAGUAAAUUGUGGAGGAAAAAUGCACAAUGUGCAUUACUCAAACCAUCAACUAUACUGGAACACAAGUUGGCACUCUACCCGAUCAUAGACUAUUCCAAGAGUCAUGGCAGCAAUUAUAAGGGCCCCUGUCCCUCCACCUAAACCUCCUUCUCCAAAGGGAGAGAUGGGUUUGUAUAACAAGCUGCCAGAGUUAAGGACCAGUGACAUGGCUGUAGACAAAUCUAAGCCUCUUCCAACAUCCCUUCAGAGCGAUUUCCUGCCUGAAGACGUACUGUUUGCUCUCACUCAGCCCCCUUCGGCACCAGAUACACUGGGUCCCCUUUCAAAGUACAGGAGUCUCAACACGUCUGUGGCCAAGAGCCGUCCUCCUCCAGCAAAUGUGUGGAAUACCCAGCGCAGAGAGAGAUUCAAACAUCUUACAGACAAUACAACAUGCACUUGUGGUGCUGGAAAGGACAUCUCAUUCCUGUAUGAUGUUCCUAAGCCAGAUAAGAAGCCAGAGAGGCCAGACAACAUUGACAAGAGUGUUGUCAGGAAGGAGGUGGUAGAGCGUCAGCCCAAGAUUUUGCAGCUUCCUGACACACUUAUUCCUGAAGAGUACCAUAUUGUUAAGAACAAAGGUGUACUUGGCAUAGAACAUCAUGAGGACAAGUACAGUAAUCAAGUUGAGGACCAUGAAAAGCAUCUGGUCAUCUUCCCAUCCAUGAAGCCUACCAGUCGCUAUGAGGUUGUGCAGUUGAAGGCCACCAUGGAAGAGAUGUUGGAAAGGGCCGGGGUGAAUGACGCUGAUGUGGAGAUCAAGGGACCUACACAGAUGCAUAAUCUGCUGGAGCUGAUAAAGAAGGAACAGAACAUCUACAACAUCGUGUUCCAUGAGCUCAUCCGUCAGUCCAGUAUAGAGUGUGUGGAGAGAGGAGAGCUCCUGUCCAAUCUGAGAUCUAAAUAUAGCAACCUCCUCAACAAGGUGCCUCAGCAGAUUAAGAGCCUUCAUGAGGAGGUGAUGGCUCAGCGGGCGUUGGAUAGACGUCUUACUGAGGAGCUCAUGAGGUUCAAAUCAACCAUUAGCGUUCUCACCAGCGAACUCUCAGAGGUCAAGGAGCACGAUAAGAAGGUCACCCAAGAGGCACAACAAGCACAGGACGAUUUGAAGAAAGCUCUGAGUGAUGCAGAGAAGAGCGCGAGUCUGCUGGAGGAAUACCAUGACCUGUAUGAGCUGCAGAGGAGGCGUCUGGAGAUCCAGGUGAACAACCUGACAGAUGAGCGCGAGAUCUGGAGCACCGCAGCAUACUGCCUAGCUAUGAAGGUGACUGAGGAAGCACAGUUGACAACAGCAAAGCGCCUACAUGUAAGUGAGAAAUCCUGGGCCAAGUUGGCGAACCACUUCACCAUUCUACUCAGUGACAAGGAUACAGACCUCAUCACCAAAGUACAGACCCAUGUAGAGUCGUGGCGAGACAUGGUGGAGGAGUUCAGCAUCACUCUGAAGCACCGGGAGGAAGAGAUGAGGCAGCAGCUACGUCAGCUGGCUCCUGGCAUAGACUGGUGGCUCAAGGAGCUACGCAAGUGCUUCACAAGUGAUGGUCAGUUUGUGAGGGCCCCCAAUGACAAGGAGCAGAAAGGGCUGCUGGAGGACAUGAGGAAGUGGGAAGAGCUGCUGGGGCGGGAGACAGAGAAGUUUGGAGGUGACACGCUGCUCAACGGUCAGGAGCAGCUUCACUUCAUCAAACUGCAGAUGGACGGAUGGACGGAUAACGCCCUGCAGAUGUUCGGACGCCACCGCACCAUCGACGGCGAAAACCACCCAGACCAGAAACACAUGAUGGACCUCAAUGAUGAUGUGGAAAGAUUACUUCACCAGCUGAACACAAGAAUAACUGGAGAAAAUGGGGUAGCCACAAACGUGAUCCACCUCAUGAACGGCAUGGAGACAUGGGACAUGAAGAUCACGUCAAGCCUGAACGGCACCAUGCCCAUCCACGACAAUGAGUGGGCGGGACUUCUGCUCACCAUGGAGGAGUGGCUAGCGGCAAUAGAGGAGGCCAUAGAGUAUGUAGGCUCCACCCAACGAGAGGAGGAGAGGGCGGAGCAUAGGCCACACACCAGGUCUCGGCAAAAAGGCUGGACGCUAGGGGUGGAGGUGAAUGACACUGUGAGGCGUGUCCAGAAGUGGGUCACCACGGCAACCAAUGCCAUAGACAGCGAGGACGCCAAGCUCGUGGAACAGGUAACAACGCUGCACUCUGACAUGAUACGGUGGAUGGUUCAAGUGCUGCUACGCCUGGCACCGGACCGGCCCGGCAACUCCAAGGAGGCUGGUGAGAUGGCGCUGCUGGCCAGCAGGACCCUCAAUGAGCUGUACGAGGGGGCCAAGUACAUCUUCGAGCAGCUUCUACUGUUCUCAUCUAAAGUUGUACUCCUGUCAACCAGCCGGAUUGACAAUGAGGUCCAGGGGGUACAGAGAGGGACCAUAUGCUGUAAUGGGAUUGUGAUGGAGAACACACAGAGGAGACGUGACCAGAUGGAAGAGAAUGCUGAUCAUGAGCUCAAGGAUCUCAAACGAUUGAAGAAUGAGUGUGAUGACUGGAUCAAGACGUCUAAGCUGCUAUGUUCCCACCUCAUGGGUGAGUCAGUGGAGGCCCUCUUCCCACCCCCCAAGCAGGACAAGGAGACAAAGGUCAAGGACAAGAAGCAGGUGACCUUGGUGACAGACGAGGCUUACGUGGACCAGGAGAGGCUUGUCCGACAGGAAGAGGAAGAACAUAAAACUGUCACUGAUAAGACUGAGGCCGCAGGAAAGAAGGAAGAAAAGGAGAAAUCUGCGCCAAAGGCACCGGAAGCAGUGGCAAAACUGGCCGGGGAUCCAAAGGAAGGUGAGCAACUUGAAGUGAUAGGUGGGGAUGACAACACCCAUGUACAGUCUCUGGACAAGCCAUCAGGACAGCCCCCUCUACCGGGCUCUACUCUGGAAGGAAUAGGCGGCCCUGACACAGGCAAGGCAUAUGAGGCCCUGGCAGCGGUAGAGGCUCUGCAGAAACAGCUGCUGGAGACUGAACAAAGAGCCCAGGGUGCAGAGGAACGUGCGGACAAUGCUGAGGCAGAGUUGAACAUCGUCAUGGAGAAGAUACGAGAGAUGGCCAAGAGAAUUGCUGAGCUGGAGAAAUCUGAUAACAAGGAAGUGGACAAAGAAGCAAAACCUAAGACCCCCAAAACGCCGACAACCCCAAGCACCCGUCCACCAUCGAAGGAAGGGUUAGAGGUUAAAGAAGAGAAGAAACGACCCGAGUCUCAGGCUUCAAAGAGCUCUAAGAGCUCAAAGACAAAAAAGAAAUAAACUGGCAGACAACUUACUCUUUAAUUGAAUUAAGGGUUUAUAUGAUGAGAUACACUAUGUGAUAUGCAUUUGUAUACCCCCACAAACGAAGUUUAGGGGGUAUAUAGGAGUGAACUUGUCUGUCUGUCUGUCGGUCGGUCCGUCCGUAUUAAGUGUCAGCUCUCUUAUUCAAGUUGUUGUCAUCCAAUCUUCAUCAAACUUGGUCGGACGUUGUAUCUAGAUGAUGUCUUGGUCAAGUUCGAAUAUGGGUCAUGCCGGGUCGAAAACUAGGUCACAGGGUCGCUUAGUGCAUUUUGAACAUAGAGCAUGGUGUCCGCUCUCUAAUUCAAUUAGUUUUCAUCCGAGCUUCACCAAACUUGAUCAGAAGUUGUAUUUAGAUGAUGUCUAGGCCAAUUUCGAACAUGGGUCAUGGCAGGUCAAAAACUAGGUCACGGGGUCACUUAGUGCGUUUUUUAACAUUCAGCAUGGUGUCUGCUCUCUAAUUCAAGUAGUUUUAAUCCGAUCUUCACCAAACUUGGUCAGAAGUUCUAUCUAGAUGAUCUUAAGGCCAAGUUCGAACAUGGGCCAUGCCAGAUCAAAAACUAGGUCAUGGUGUCACUUAGUACGUUUUACACAUUCUGCAUGGUGUCCACUCUCUAAUUCAAGUAGUUUUCAACCGAUCUUCACCACACUUGGUCAGAUUUGUAUCUAGAUGAUGUGUAGUUCGAACAUGGGCCAUGCCAGGUCAAAAACUGGGUCACGGGGUCACUUAGUGCAUUUUAAACAUUGGCAUGGUGUCCACUGUUUUUUGUGAAGACAACAUGCAAGAUAUUAUGUGUCAAUGUGGCGUGUGGGGGUAUUCAUCACGUCUGUGACAAAGCUGUAGUUCUGGUUUAAUGCAUGUAGAGAGAUUCAUAAACAUAAUUGUUUUGUGUUUGUUUAUGAGCAAUUCAUUUAUGAAAAUAACAUGAUAUUUUAAUGUUGACAUAAUUGCUAUUGAAAAAAUCACUUUUUUGAAGUGUGGUCACAUGGUUUGAAUUCAUAUAAUGUGUCUUUUAUGCCUAGACCAGAUUCGCAACUAAACAAGUUCCUAUAUUUACUUCCUACUUGCCGUUAUAUGAUUUAUUUUAGUAGUACUUUCAGAUAUUAAGUUCUGUACUUUGGUUCGCAAUAACAUAAACAAUAUAACAAAAUGUAUUAUAAGAUAUAUUUGUGUCCACUUGUGUAAUCUAAUUGUGUUUACCACAAGUGCAGUACAUUUGUUUGUUUGUUUUUGUUUUCUUUAAUUUUUCUGUUUAAAUGUAAAAUUGAAAUUUUAUAUGUUUAAACUGUUUUAAUCUUUUUAAUUUCAAAACAAUUUUAGUACAUUUUGUUACUGCCUAAUAAUAAGCAUACUGCUGAAAAAUUCCUGUGAUACUUUGUUUGAUGUAUACAAUAAAAUGCAUUCAAUAACUAUCAA